AUGACCCCAUAUUCCCAAUAUACCCUUCCCCUCCCGUUUUUUCCUCCUAAAAAGUUAUCAGCGAGUAUUGCUGCUUUUGCACCAUCUUCCCCAUCUGUUCUUCCAAUCGGAAUUCGAAGCUCUGCUCACCAUCAGCCAAGGAAAUCGGUCUUCAAAGGUCGAUUAAAGUCGCCGAUUUCAUUUCAGAUCGAGAUAAUCUACUGUGGGUUUGUCAUUAUGGAAGAAACACUCGGAACUGGAGCCAAUUCUAGGUAUCGUGUCUCUCUUUCAGAGUUUACAAUUGUUGCUCAGUGCCUUCGUUAUGAAGUAAUUGGGUGUGCCAGCAUCAAAUCACAUCAAAUUACAGAUGUAGAACUUGGCAUACAAAGAGAUAAACAUUUGAGUCUAAGAUGUGAAGAGGGGCUUCAAGAUUCAUCCAAACAGCUACCUGGAAACGAUAGCAUUGAGAGGGUUGAACCACCAGAUAAGUCAAAAGGAUUGGUAAAUAAGGUGGAAAUGAAUUUGGACAUAGUUGUGUAUGUGAGGUACUUUUUCGUGGUGUUAUCUUUUGUGACGGGUUUAACAAGAUCGGGGUAUAGGCAAGGACUUGCAACAAAAAAUAAAUUCGAGGUUCCGACUUUCAUGGUUAUGUUUCAUCAUAUUAAUGAUUCCAUGUUGGAGAUACUCUGUUGCAUCAGAAGUUACUUUCUUGCUACUGUCAUGGACUUUGAAAUUGUUGUUAUGGUGACCAUUCUGCCCCUAAAAGAUCAUAUCUGCAGGUCACAUUAUUUUUGCCAGCCUCAGAUGGGAAGUUGAGCAUAUCUUAAAAGUGAAGGUUGUUAAUUUUGUGGAAAGUCAACAGAUGAUACAAGUAUCUUAAAAGUGAAGGUAUACAACAUCAUUUGUAUAGGCAUAUUUCAUGUCUCCUUAGAAUUAGAUGCCCAUUUUUCAUAGAGUAAUUACAUGUGAUUUUAAUAUCUUGAUUCAAGUAAAUUCAAUUUUGG